UUUGGCGGUCGGCGUUGCCAAAUGAUGAUCAUGACCGCGUAUCGACGCAGAUAAAUAUAAUUGAAACAACAACAGAUUCAGAAACCGAAACAGAAACACCAAACUAUAAGCAAGUAAAACCUGACGACGCCACCAACAGAAUAAUAUUGUGUAACUGCAACGGAUUCGCGAUGAACAAAACGAUUCUGCACUGGAGCUACCUGAACUUCAAGGAUGUGCCCAUGGAUCUGUUCCUCUACGAGGACCUCGAGGAGGUUUACCUCAAGGAGAACUUCAUCUCGGUGAUUCCCAAGUGGCUGCUGAACAUCACCACUCUCAAGUUUAUCCAUUUGGCGGGCAAUAAUCUUAGUGAACUGCCCGCGGAUAUAUAUUUGCUGGAGAACCUUGAGUUCUUGGAUGUCUCCAACAAUGAGCUCAAACAGCUGCCACCCACGUUGGGUCUACUGUUGAGUCUACAGCAACUAAAUGUGUCGGGCAAUCAGCUCACCGAACUGCCAGUGGAACUGAGCAGCUUGCGCAAUCUGGAGCACCUGAACAUCGCCAAGAACCAAUUUCGCCGCCUGCCAAUCCAACUGAGCGAGUGCGUCCGCCUGAAUGAGCUAAAUGUUAGCGACAACGAGGCGCUAGUCCACAUUCCCGAGCGCAUCGCCAACCUGCCCAUGUUGCAAUCCCUCGCCGCCGAUCGUUGUGCUCUCGUCUACCUGCCGGCCGCCCUCUCGAAGUUCAUGAACCACGUGCGAAUCUUCCACAACACUGCGAUCAACUACAUACCCAUGGUCUAUGAAAAGUUCUACCAAAACUUCUACGACAACCGCCAAAGGAGCACUCCCAUCGCCGUUCCUCGAAAGGGUCUUUUUUGGGUCCGUGAGCUGGAGACGAACUCCAGGCUGCUACUUCCGGUGGGCACCCGCACAGUAUUUCCGGUUCCGUCGGUGGAGAACCGGGUCACCCUCUACGACGACUGUCUGCACGCGUUGCAGACGCUCAACCGAUCCGUGCCGAUCUACGAGAACUCCGCCCUGCACCGCCUCCUCCCGGAACCGUACAUCGGUUCCCACAUCAACAACGGACCCAUCGCCCGCUGCACGACUUCCACCUGUUCGCGGUGUCUGUACACUUCGUACUACUUCAUGGUCGUGAAGAGGCGUGGCAGCACCUCCAAGCAGCUCUUCACCUGCAAUUUCUGCACGAACCGCUGCGCAGUUCUCUGGUUGGCCAGCAAUGACAAAAAGUACUACCAGUUGGCUUGGCGAGUUUCCGAUGACGACGACGAUGACGAAGUCACCAUACCCAGUGAUAAGUAAAGCCUCUGGAAUUCUCCCAACCUCGUUAUAUAUAGUCAGACAUUGUGUAAUUAUUUAAUUAUUAUCUUUAAUUACCAUUAAUUAGUUUUGUACAUGUUUAUGUAAAUGCUAUUGAACUACUGGCAA